GUAAAAUGAAUUGUGUUUGAAGUAUGCUAUAAUUCUUGCUCCUUGGGUUGUUUUGACAAAAGCGUGUCAGAGACAUGUUUUUUAAGACACCCCGGGAACUGUUUUAAAUUGUUGGUGGGGAAAAAAUACUUAAGAUGUCUCUUUUAACCCUUGGAUGCAUGCGGUCACUACAGUGGACAGCUACUUACAGGAAUCUCAUUAGUCAUGCAUCCGAGGGUUAAAAUAGGAUAAGCCUGAAUUCACGUCACGUCAUGCAAUAAUUCACGUGAAAGUGAUUCUGGUGUUUACAUACUAUUAUAAAUGUAAAUGGAUGAAAUGGUGAAUUUCGUAGUGUUUCCCUGAGUGCCCAGUAAUAGUUUAAAAUCAGCUUUGUUGGCGUACGUCAACGUAGAAAGCAAAUGCGGCAAAGACAUUAUGUAGCGGCUUUGAAUCACUGUUCCCCUACACUUAUUUAAAUGGCUGAAGCAAACUACAACCUGAGGUGUCGACAUUUCUGAGAAAAACUUAUGAAUGAUGCAUUUCUGCACCACAAUUUACGGCCUCUGGGACGUAGAUGCACGUGAUUGGCUGCGAGAUGCCGGGGCACGAGGUUACCUAUUCGAGUGAGAUAUAAAACAAGUCGGAAUGGAAGACAGUAUUCAUAUCGUUUGAGUGGCAAAAUAUAAACAAAAUACUUUUCGGCUUUUGGAACGCAACAGAGGAAGGUCGUCUCCCAAGAUGAAGCUUGCAGUUCUAGUUGUGAUGUGUGGGCUGAUUGUUGUUCAAAAUCCCAGGUGUCUAGGAGCAUCUCUGUCAGGAUUUCUAGCUGAGCAGGAAUUACAGGGAACGGGUUCCAUCCGCACCCGAAGAAGUACUGUGGGCGACUUUUUGGAGGAUCCGAACCUGUGUUUCUCCCUGAGAGAAAACGACACCCAGCAACAGCAUCAGCAGCAUCUCCUGUGCAACGACCACAGGAACAAGUUCAACAUCAACCCAUUUGGCCUUCGCUUCGGGAAGCGCUACAAUCAUGGUUACAUCUACAGGAGAGCUGUUCAAAGAGCCAGAGCAAGUAGAUUUUCACCUCCAACGCUCUUCCGGCGACAACUGGAGGUGCUGACCUGAAGCAGACUCGUGUGUCCCAUGUAGGACUACAAAUGGGAAAAGUGUAAAAGAAAUUACAUUACUUAACCUCUGUAGUUACUGAACACUUAAGUAAGAGCAAUGUAACAUUAUUAAAAAGCUUUACUGCACUGUACUACUUUAAUUUCUGUAGUGACUAGGUUUGGCACAAGGUGGCAGUAAAAUACUUGUUACAGUCUCUCUUUUUUUUUUUUUUUUAAAUCUUGUACAGCAGUCUUUUCUGUCCUGAAUGCACUGGACACAUCAAUCAGAAAAAUAAGAGUGAAGGUUAUUUCAACUCAUGAGAGCAGUCAGGCCUUGAUUUUUGGUUUGUUGUGGUUAUUUUGUUUAGAAGCAUAUUGUAUUCUGUUUAUUCGACAUAAGGCUUUAUUUUUCAGUCUUGAUUUACAAUGCAAAUCAUAAAUAGGUUCAAUGGAAUGAUUUCAGAUAAUAUUUCAAAUCUUAAUUAAGGGGCACUUCAAUAAAUGAGUUAAGCUUCAUUCAAUAAUUUGUAUUGAUUUAUUUCCAACUUGUACGGCAAGGAAAUAACUUAAAAUUAAGUCACUGAACCAAUUUGAUUUUUCACAACCAAUCAGCAAAGAAAAGUAGUCAAAUGAUAAUAUUGAAAUUCAAUUUGUUGUUUAUUAAACUAACUCAAAGUCAAAACAGAACCUAGAC